GUACGGAGCACACAUUGCGUUUCUCACGGGCAUGAUCACCGAUUAUACCCCUAUCCAUGAACCUGAGUUAGAACUCCGAAUGGUCAUGCCGUAUUUUACAAUACUUGAUAGCCCAGCCCACUUUCAUUCAACUCAAUUUCAUGUCGUGUUUCCGACUCCUUGUCGAUCCCAUGCACGAUGGGUUUUCAUAUCUAAGUCUGCUCAUUAACACACCAUCCUUCUCCUCCUCCAUCACGACCGCCGCCUCCAAUCUGUCCGCUACCAGCAAGGGCUUGUCCCGGCCAUCGUGGUCUGUAACUUCUCAACCUCCCUUCUCCUCUCCUGCCCCCCCCCAACGGUCGUACGGGAGAUUGCUCGCCGACUCACUGGGAGUGAUGGACUCGCGGUUCUGCGGGACGAAGAUGCUGCGUAUCGAGCUGAUUGUUGAUGGUGGAGCACCCGGCUGAGAGCCAUGGCGGAUCGAGGAGAUGGCAGGAGAGGAUGCAGUGGUUUGAUCGGCAUAAAUGUCGGAUUGUGCUGGGAAGAGGAGGUGGACAUGUGGAGGUUCAGGUGCAGUCAGAGACACCGGUGGCGGGGAGAAGUUGUGAGAUUGAGGAUGAGCUGGAAGAGCUGGAGAGAAUUGCGGACGCGGCGGAGGGUGCCGCUGCCUACUCGGCUCAAGAACAGGCACCUCGACGCUGGUGAACUGGCUCGUUCUCGCGCUCUCAAUAAAUGGAUC